AUGGCUCAAUCACCUCUCGAUGAACAUCAUAGUCCAACUUCUGAACAACAUCAAAACACAAUAGCAUUCUCAGAUCAACCAGAUGAAAAACUCAAUUCUUCAACUUCUCAUCACAACCUCAAAGAUGAGGAGCAUGUGAUCUCUCCUAUCGAUUCUUCUCAUCAACUUCAUAAUACUUCAUUUCCUCCAAGUUCAAUUCAACCAACUAAUCAAUCAACCUCUAAUCUGGAUCUCAAUAAACCUACUCUCAAACGAAAACAAACUUGGGCUUCUUUACUUAAACCUGAAAAGAAACUGUCGAAUCAUAAUCCUACUUAUAAAGAAUCUAUCAAUGCUAUCGUUCGGUCUUCUUGGCUCAACGUUCUUCUCGUCUUUAUUCCCAUCUCAUGGGCUCUUCAUUUUGCUACCCCUAAUGCGGACGUUGCGAUAUUUAUCACUUCGAUGCUUGCCAUCAUUCCUUUAGCUAAAUUACUUGGUUUUGGUACUGAAGAAAUCGCUCUUAGGGUCGGUCAAACUCUUGGUGGUCUUCUUAACGCGACUCUUGGAAACGCGGUCGAAUUGAUUGUUGCCAUCCUCGCACUUGUAAAGUGUCAGCUCGUUGUGGUUCAGUCUUCACUCCUUGGUUCAAUUCUUAGUAAUCUGCUCCUUGUACUCGGAAUGUGUUUCUUUGCCGGUGGUAUCCGAUUCUCCGAACAAGCCUUCUCCAUCACUGCUGCUCAACUCAAUUCCUCACUUCUCAUCAUGAGCGUCAUUGCUAUCCUUAUUCCUGCUGGAUUCCACGCGGCUUUUAGUAACUUGGGUGAUAGUGUUGAAGGUCCAGAUGUGCUAAAGAUGAGCAGAGGAAUCGCAGUGAUCUUACUCGUCAUUUAUGGUGCCUAUCUUGUCUUUCAACUUUGGACACACCCACAUCUCUAUUCCGAGACACCCAGUUCAUCCGAAACUCCAGAUGGACAUCCUACCUUUGGAGGUCAUCGAAUCAUGCGACAAGCAAGAUCAGUUCGAACUCGUACUCCUCAUGUCUCCGUUACACCUGAUGAGGCUGGAGAAGGACAUGAGGAAGAAGAAGAAGAAGAAGAGGUCCCUACUCUCAAUUUUGUUUCGGCUGUCCUUAUCUUGGCUCUCUCUACUGUUUUGGUUGGGGUGACCUCUGAGUGGCUUGUGGAUAGUAUUAAUGGUAUCACCAAGACUGGUGCGAUUUCUGAAGCUUGGAUUGGGUUAAUCUUGCUCCCCAUUGUUGGAAAUGCUGCUGAACAUCUUACCGCCGUAUCCGUGUCGGUGAAAGAUAAACUUGAUCUAUCAAUGAGUGUUGCAGUAGGAUCAUCGAUCCAGAUUGCUUUAUUUGUUGUACCGCUGUUGGUGAUAUUGGCUUGGAUACUUGACAAACCGUUGACUUUGCUGUUCGAUCCUUUUGAGAGUAUCACAUUAUUUCUCGCUGUCUUGGUUGUCAACAUUCAAGACGGUAGAGCCAAUUGGAUUGAAGGAUUUAUUUUAAUGAACGUCUAUAUCAUUGUUGCCGUAGCAUUUUAUUUCUAUCCUUCAAAUACUACAGACGUUAAUUUAGGAUUGAUUUGUAAAACUUGA